UUCCAUUGUGCAUUUUUCUUUUUCCUUUUCCCAGUCUUAUAUUACUAUUGCCAAAAUUUCAAGCUAAACCUGAAAGACCCCUCUCAUUUUUUUGUUUCCUCCUCUUUUCCCUACCCUCAUCCCUAAUGAAGCCUCCUUCCAGCCUAGCCCCAUAAGGGAUAAGGGCCGCAGUGUGUCGGGUGGGUGGUGCCUGUCCUACUCUGCUGACCCAGUGGCCUGAGCCAAUCACAAAGAGGAUUGGGCCCCUUGCUCCUCGAUUCCAUUCCCCCUCCCCAUCUCCGGGCUCCUAGAAAGAGGGACGGAGGAGGGGGUGGAGAUUUCAGCUCUAAUCCUUGCUCUUUGCCCGCCUCUUCUUCAAAUAAGAAGCUGGAGCUGAAUUGCUGGGGCAUAUUCUAAACCUCAGGGCCAGGAAAAUUAAGCUUAUCUUCUUAGUUGUCUGAAGCUAGUGAGGGAGGUUUAAAAAAAAAAAAAAGAAUGGUGGAGGCUUUCUGUGCUACCUGGAAGCUGACCGACAGCCACAACUUUGAUGAAUACAUGAAGGCACUAGGAGUGGGCUUUGCCACUAGGCAGGUGGGUAAUGUGACUAAACCAACAGUGAUAAUCAGUCAAGAAGGGGACAAAGUGGUGAUCAGGACUCAGAGCACCUUCAAGAACACAGAAAUCAGCUUCCACUUGGGAGAAGAAUUUGACGAAACAACUCCAGAUGAUAGAAACUGCAAAUCUGUUGUGAGCUUGGAUGGUGAUAAGCUAGUUCAUGUUCAAAAAUGGGAUGGCAAAGAGACAAACUUUGUAAGAGAAAUUAAGGAUGGCAAAAUGGUCAUGACUCUCACCUUUGGAGAUGUGGUGGCUGUUCGUCACUAUGAGAAGGCAUGAACAGCAUCAUGAUGGUCCCCUGUCCAGAUGAACACUUCAAGAGAAGUUUUUGGUUUUUUUCUGUCACUCUAAUAUGAGUACCAUCGAACCAUAAUCCUACUGAUGUGAAUACCACUGAUGUUGCUCUGGAAGGUGAUGAGCCUUUUAAAAAUGUUGCUCGAGUCAAUUUUCCCACUUGGAAAACUUUGCGUGAUCUUGGAACCACAUUUUUUACAAAAGAAAAAUAAAUAAUUUUUUUUAUGAUCUGGGGGGGAAAUUCAAAUCAAAUAAAGAUAAAAUGUUAGAAA